AUGACCCUAAGGAUGCUCUGGGCUGGACAGGCGAAGGGGGUCCUGGGAAGCUGGGGGAUCAUCUGCUUGGUGAUCUCUCUGCUCCUCCAGCAGCCAGGAGUCCACAGCAAGUGCUACUUUCAAGCUCAAGCCCCCUGCCACUAUGAAGGGAAAUAUUUCACCCUGGGUGAGUCUUGGCUCCGCAAGGACUGUUUCCAUUGUACCUGUCUGCAUCCCGUCGGUGUGGGCUGCUGUGACACGUCCCAGCAUCCCAUCGACUUCCCUGCAGGCUGUGAGGUACGUCAGGAGGCAGGAACCUGCCAAUUCUCCCUGGUGCAAAAAUCUGACCCUCGGCUACCCUGCAAAGGGGGAGGGCCCGACCCAGAAUGGGGCUCAGCUAACAACCCUGCUCCUGGGGCUCCUGCUCCCCACUCCAGCUAA